CUAACCCUAGAAGUUCGUAGCCUUUGUCAGGCCAGGGAUGAGAGGCGAGUUGCUCGGUGGGAUGCCACAGGCGUCCGUCUACCUCGGCGGUGGUCCAGUGGUCGUUCCGCGGCAAGCGGGACUGGAGUUCGUCGUUCUUGAGCUUCCUCCCCUCUCAGCGUCACGCGCCGGCCCGAAUCGCUCCGCGCGGGACUCAGGUGCAGACGACAUCGGAGCGCGAGUAGCGGUUGUCUGCGCCCUGUGCCAUCUCUCAGAGGCUUGGUCCCCUAGGGACAGCUCCAGGCGCAAGGGAUAUAGGCAGGUGAGGAUUCAGGAUGCUUUCCCUGGUCUCCGGGGCCCGCGUGAUCUGAGCAACGCAGAGCCCAAGAGGAGAGAAGCCCUUCGAGGCUCCUUGGACGUCUGACUGCUAGAAGCAGAGAGGAGCGGGAGCUUGGGGACUUGCAAGAGGUGGUGAUCAUGGAGACGGACUUGGCCGAAGCGCCCCAGAGAAGAGAGCGUCGAGUUCUCUUUCCUGGGAUGCAGUACAAGUCAAGCAACUGAAUCUAAGCCCGGGGCUGCUUUUUAAACAGUGUGGGCAUCUUUCACAGUCCCGGAAAGCCACGGCUUGCUUUGGACUCCCUGCAGCCUUUGUUAACAGGGAGCGCGUUUGGUGCGAUGGUCGGGUUUGGAUUAUAAUCUGAGUAGCAGCAUGGGUCUAGGUCCUGUCAUACUGCGUUCUUGUCCUUAGCUCCGUCUCAGGAGUCCCUCCUUUCCCAAGAGAAGAGUGCAGAAGGAGAGGCCGGGCCUCUGAGACUUGCAGCCAGAUCCCAGGAGACCGUGACAUUCAAAGAUGUGGCCAUGGACUUCACAGCGGAGGAAUGGGGGAAGCUGGAUCCCGCGCACAGGGUUGUGAUGCUGGAGAACUACAGGAGCCUGGUCUCACUCUGGCUUCCCAUUUCCAAACCUGAUGUCUAUGAUGUGGGUGAUGCAAAGGAACUACUGAAGCUUUCGAAAAAAUCUCCCAAACGCACUUCCUCAGAUGUGGAAACUAGACCUGAGGGCAAAGAUGCAACUUCAGAGCAAGACUGUUGGAAAUCAGAAUCCUACCAGGUUACAGCACACAAGCUGACUCAAAAUACUGGUUCUGACGGCAGCUUAGACACAGCUCCUGAACGUGAGCUUCAGUUAGAGCUUCAUCGAGGAAAUCAGGAGAAGCACGUGAGACAAAAGUUCACUCACUUGAACUCCGCGCCUGUGGAAAAAGAAAGUGAGUGUAAUAUUUCUUGGAAAAAGUUCAGUCAGAAGCCACUCCUUAUGACUGACGACAGAGUUCCCAAAGGAUCCCAUCACUUUCAUAUGCCUGGGAAAAGACUGAAGCAGCAAUCAAACGUGAUGAAAAAGCAGAGACCUUAUAAAGAGAAGAAGCCUCAUAAGUGCGAUGAGUGCGGCGAACUCUUCAGUUACCAGUCCGUGCUCACCCGGCACCGGAGAGUGCACACCGGGGAGAAGCCUUACAGCUGCGGGGAGUGCGGGAAGUCCUUCAGCCACAGAGCCAACUUAACCAAACACCAGAGAACUCACACUAGAAUCCUCUUUGAGUGUGGUGAAUGCAAGAAAACCUUCAUAGAAAGUUCAUCUCUUGCAGUACACCAGAGAAUUCACAUUGGAGAGAGACCUUACGAGUGCAGCGAGUGCGGGAAGGCUUUUAACCGGAGCACACAUCUUGCACAGCAUCAGCUGAUUCAUGCCGGAGUGAAGCCUUAUGAAUGUAACGAGUGCGGUAAGGCUUUCAUUCAUUCAUCAGCACUCAUUAAACACCAAAGAACCCAUACUGGAGAGAAGCCCUAUCAAUGUCAGGAGUGUGGGAAAGCCUUCAGCCAUUGCUCGUCUCUUACCAAGCACCAGAGGGUGCACACCGGAGAGAAGCCCUAUGAGUGUAGCGAGUGUGGGAAGACCUUCAGUCAGAGCACACACCUUGUUCAGCACCAGAGAAUCCACACUGGGGAGAAGCCCUAUGAAUGUCAUGAAUGUGGGAAAACAUUUAGCCGGAGCUCAAAUUUCGCUAAACAUCAAAGAAUUCACAUCGGAAAGAAACCCUAUCAAUGUGGUGAAUGUGGCAAGGCCUUCAUUCAUUCGUCAGCUCUUAUUCAACACCAGAGGACUCAUACUGGAGAGAAACCGUUUCGAUGUAAUGAAUGCGGGAAGAGCUUCAAGUGCAGCUCAUCCCUCACCCGACAUCAAAGAAUUCACACUGAAGAGCAGGCCUGAAAAUGUACUGGGUUUUGGGAAGUGUAAGUUGGCUUUAUCACUGUGUUUGAUAUUUGAAUGUUUAAAGAGAAUGUCCACAGUGUGACCGUAGGGGCGUCUGUAUAUGUAUAUGAUCUCACUAGUCCAAUGUAUAGCCAAGGUCCUUUCUCCUCACCUCUGGCAUUCAUUGAGCCCUUGUUUUUUUAUAAUCAUAUCAUCAAGGAGAGUUUGUUCUGCUAAAUUCUGUGAACUAUGCUCUGUGACUUUUAGAAAACUCUCUAGGGGGAUUGCAAUUUGAGUAUAUCCAAAAAGCUGAUAGGAGUCAAUGAACUGUUUUAUUUAGGGUCUCAGUCAAGAAGAAAGCUUAAACAACUGUGAGGUGCCAUGGAAUCCUUUCCUGUAGGAAAAACUCACAGGACAGCCCUGAGGUGACUUACCUAAAGACAAACAUCUUUCUUUCUCCCACUUAUCUGGCUUUCAUGUUUACUCAUAUUAUUUUAUUAUCAUCUUCCAUAUAUUAAGUGGUCCUUGUCCCUGAGCUCUCUUUUAUUUAUUUAUUUAUUUUUCUUUUGUAUGCAAGGGUGUUUUGCUUGCAUAUUUAUCUGUGUGAGGGUGUCAGAUCCCCUGGAACUGGAGUUACAGUUGUGAGCUGCCAUGUUGGUGCUGGGAAUUGCACCCAGUUCCUCUGGAGGAGCAGCCAGUGAGUGCUUUUAACCGAUGAGCCAUCUCCCCAGCCCCCUAUCCCUGAUCUCUUAAGUAAACAUGCCACGAAAUCAUAGUGAUCUAUUAGUAUAACUGUUGGAAGUGACCAAAAGCCAUUGAGAGGAUGGGGAACACAAAAAAGCUCAAGUAAGUAUUUAGUAAAACAAAACACAAUGUCAUUUUUUUAUUUUUCUGUUCUGUAUUAGAAGUCAGAUGAUAAUAAAAUUCGAGGCAAAGGUAAUCUCGGGUUUUUAGUUUCUUCUUAUACCAUUCCAGUUUAUGCCCUUGACCUCUGUCACAAUUAGACUGUGGGGAGACACCUUGACCAUGGCAUCUCUUAUAAAGGAAAACAUUUAAUUGUGUCUGGCUUAUAGUCCAGAGGUUUAGUCCAAUUUCAUCAUGAUAGGAAGCAUGGCAGGAAGAUAUGGUGCUGGAGAGGUAGCUGAGAUUUUACAUCUACAUCUACAUCUACAGGCAGCAGAAAGAAACAGCCUUUAGGCCUGGCUUGAGCUUCUGGAAUCUCAAAGCCCAGCCCCCAGUGAUACCCUUUCUCCCAGCAAGGCCACACCUACUUCAACAAGCCCAUACUUCCAGUAAUGCCAGUCCCUGGGAGCCUACGGAGGCCAGUUUCAUGCAGACCACCACACCCGCCCUCUGCUGUUCAUUUCAGUAGACUUUGCAGUUUCUGACUAAAGCAAGCUGGGGAGCUAGUGUAAAGAAGCAGUUCGAGUGGAAAGCAGUGUGAUGGGUGAAUGGAGUAUAAAUUCAGAAGUGACGGAAUCACAGGAAAUAAGGGUAAGGGGACUCAGUUUUCAUUAAGAUAUUUUUGGAAUGCUCAGAAACUCACUUAAGGAGGUUAAGUUGGGUGGAAAGGCUUAGGGUCUGUCUCAGUUAGGGUUUCUAUUGCUGUGGUGAAAGACCAUGACCAAAAGCAAAUUAGGGAGGAAAGAGUUUGUUAUAUGGCCACGUUGUAGUCCAUCACUGAAGGAAGUCAGGACAGGAACCCAAACAGCAGGAUCCUGGAGUCUGGAGCUGAUGCAGAGGCCAUGGAGAGGUGCUGCUGACUCUCUUGUUUGCCAUGGCUUGCUCAGCUUGCUUUCUUACAGACCUCGGGACCACCUGCCAGUGAUGGCCCCACCCACAAUGGACAGGACCCUGCACACACACACACACACGCGCACACACACACACACACGUUAAUUACUAGUUCAGAAAAUGAUCUUAUGGAGGCAUUUUCUCAAAUAAGGUUCUCUGCUUUCAUCUGACUCUAGCUUGUGUCAAGUUGACAGAACUUGCCAGUACAGGGUUGAAGUCAGACUAGGAGAAGGUCUGGCCCAAGAAAGGCGCUCAAUACUCCGUUACUUUAACCAAUGUAGCAUCGUUAAGAAAAGGAUUUGGCAAAGUCUGGCCACCAUCUAUUUCUACAAAUUAUAUUGGAACUCAGCUACAUUCAGUGUUGACAUGGCUGGCUGCUUUUGCGUGCACCGUCAGAAUUGAGCAGCUGUGUCUGCUGUAACCAACAUCAUAAACACGAAUACCUUGUAGGCAACAGAUCUGUACUUCAUGAUCCUAGAGAAAAUUCAAACUCAGGCUUGAAACUUUGUACUGGAGAUCAAGAUACCAGAAAGUUUGGGUCUGAGGGGUGGCUGCUUCCUUGUUCACAGGAGGUACCUCAUCCUCACAGGCUGAGGGAGGAAUCAAGAGUGUCCUCGGAUGCUUCUACACAUGCUGAUCCCCUUCAGGAGGAUCUGGCAUGAUCUAAUCACCUCCCAAAAGUCCCACUUACUACCAUCACUCUGGUGAUAAAGUUUCAGCACUUGAAUUUUGGAAGGACAUAUUUGAUUCAUAGAAGAUCAUCUCCUAAAUCUUGUAAUACUUGCUAUUUGGCCCUGUGCUAGAUCCCUGUCAAGGAGUCAGGAAUGCAGAUAAAACCAGUAAGAAGUCAGGUUGAGUAGAAAAAUUGUGAUGAUGGUGGACUUGCCCUUCACUGGGGAGUGAAACCGUUCUGCAUUCCCUCUUAGGCCAGAAUGAUAAGCAGAGUGGACUCCAUCUGCAAAUGCCCAGAAUCUCAGUGUCCUCUCAAUCUAGUUGAUUUUAAGGUUACAGGAUAUUGAGAGCAGGAGAGUGGGAAAAUCAGAGAGGAGACAUGACACAUUGAAGUGUUCUAGCCUUAUGAUGUUACUAUAUAUCUCUGAGAGGAUGUUUGCAGUUAUUAGGACCUUCUUAGUAUCCUCAAAGGUUAGGUGAAACAAUUCAAUUGGAGGCCAAAACCUGACUGAUGAAAUAAGACCAAUGUGAGCUGUUGAAAGAUGAGUCUGAUUUCUCGCAUUCCCAUUUAGCAAAUAUGUGUUCUCAAAACACUGCAUUACAUAAAUAGUAAGACCUGGCACACAUUAACUCUAUAGACAACCCAACUAUCCUCGUCCACUUACUUGCUCAUAUGUACUUUCAAGAACGUUCAUUCUUUCUCUACAAAACCAGUAUUUAUUGUGUAUUUUUAAAAACACAUUUUUCAUGACGGAGCCAUGCAUCAGUCAGAGUAAAUGUCUUAAGUCAUUCUGAUCACCCUCGGCUUAUAGACUCAGCUGAGGCAGUGCUGUUCUCUGGUCCGUUAUAGUGAGGCCUCAGGAUCUCUAGGGUUGCCUCCUUUGCUGCCAUUCUCACUCUCCUUGAGACGCUGCAGAAAUUGCCGGUUUCCUUCUACAUAGCAUUAAGCAGGAUCCAUUGUAUGGUUCCAGAGAGUAGAGUUUGCAGCUUAAGUCGCUCCGAGAGGUUGGCUUUAAGUUUGUCUCUCUGGGAACUCCGACCCUUUGUAUUUCAGUGUUUGACUCUUUUAUGUCUUGUGUUCAACAUAACUACAUGUUUGUAUUCCACUAUGAAUCUUGGAAAUUUUAAUUACUUCAUUUUGAAUGUCCUGAUACCUAGAAAGUAAAUUUGACUGUUCUAAUGGCCUAUCAAUAAAGAUGUUGUUUAUAUAUGUAUUUUCAGAAGCUUGUGUACAGUGCUUUUAAAUUAUAAGAUGAGUAUAUUUUUAAAUGUAAAGAAAGAGCUUAGCUGUGGUGGAGCA